AAAUUCAUGAUUUUGAUCGAUCAAAACUCUUCUGAUACUAUAUCUUUUCCUUUCCCUUCCUUUUACAAAAUCCCCAAACCCAACCGUUGCCAUCUUAUCGAAAAUUGGGUUAUGUCUGAAUUCGACAAAAUAGGAUCUGAUUCGGAUCGGAUCCGAUCCAUUUGCACUCCUGCAGUCCUCUCCCCGUUCUCAUGUCAGUGAUUCUGGAUCUGCCUUCUAGCUGACAUUGCCAUAAACCAAGAAGUCGGUAUCCGCCAUGAAAGUACCUUCGAGGUCGGUAUCCGCCAUGAAAGUAACUUCGAGGUCGGGCGAGGAUGCUGAGUCUCUCUUCCGAACAAAGCCGAUCUCUGAAAUCAGAAAUGCGGAAGCGACGACCAAGAAGGAGAUUGAAGAGAAGAAGGAAGAGCUCCGGCAACUCGUCGGUAAUCGGUAUCGUGAUUUGAUUGAUUCUGCGGACUCUAUCGUCCUCAUGAAAGCGUCAUGCGAGUCUAUCUCCGCCAACAUUUCCAUGAUUGACGUAGGAAUUCGUUCACUUUCUGCUGCUGCUGCUGCAGAAACUCCUAAAUUGAGUCCUAAUCCUUCAAGGGUCAGAGUUUAUGGGAUUGCCUGCCGUGUGAAGUACCUCGUGGAUACGCCGGAGAAUAUAUGGGGUUGUCUGGAUGAAUCGAUGUUUUUAGAGGCCUCUGCUAGGUACCUUCGGGCCAAGGAGGUUCACGGCAUUGUGGUGAGGAGCCAUGCGGAUAGGAAUUUCUUGUCUAAUUUCCCUUUGCUUCAGCACCAAUGGCAGAUCGUCGAGAGCUUUAAGGGCCAGAUUUCACAGAGGAGCCGGGAGAGGUUGAUGGAUUCGGGGCUUGCGAUUGGAGCUUACGCGGACGCUCUGGCUGCUGUUGCCGUAAUUGAUGAGCACGAUCCCAAGCAGGUUCUGCGGUUAUUUCUUGAUUCGAGGAGGUCGUGGAUCUCUCAAAAACUAGGUAUGUGUGGAUCUGGUAAUUGUGAUUCCGGUUCUGCGAUUUCCAUCUUUUGUGAAGUUGUGAGGAUUAUCCAGGUUAGUCUAGCACAAGUAGGGGAACUAUUCCUGCAUGUUUUGCAUGACAUGCCUUUAUUUUAUAAAACUAUAUUGAGUUCGCCACCCGGUACUCAAUUGUUUGGGGGAAUUCCGAAUCCUGAGGAGGAGGUGAAAUUAUGGAAAUUAUUUAGGGAGAAACUGGAAUAUGUAAUGGUGAUGCUUGAUCGGGAUUUCAUUUCUCAGGCUUCUUCAAAUUGGUUGAGGAAUUGUGCUGAAGAGAUUCUUAGUAAAAUUAAUGGGAGGUAUUUGGUUGAUGCCAUCGGAAGUGGGCAAGAACUUGCAUCGGCUGAGAGGCAGAUCCGAGAUACUUUAGAUAGUCGGGAAGUGUUAGAGGGGAGUUUGGAGUGGCUAAGGAGUGUAUUUGGUUCUGAGAUUGAGUCACCUUGGAACAAUGUCCGGGAGCUUGUCUUGGCAAAUAAUGAAGACCUUUGGGAUGGAAUAUUCGAGGAUGCUUUUGUUCAGAGGAUGAAAGAGAUUGUUCAUUCAGGGUUUGAGGAGUUGAGCAGAACUGUCAACGUGAAAGAUACAAUUCGGGCUAUUGCAGUAGGCCCUGGAGACCAGAUCGAUUUCCAGGGAUACUUGAAUAGACCUUGUACUGGUGGUGGGGUGUGGUUUUUGGAAACAAAAUUUAAGAAAGCAGGUCCAGGAUCAGGCUUCAAAGCAACAACAGAUGAGAGUGAUUUCCACAGUUGUUUCAGUGCCUAUUUUGGACCUGAAGUUAGUCGCAUCAGAGAUGCGGUAGAUAGUAGAUGCCAGACUGUUCUGGAGGAUCUGCUGUGUUUCUUAGAAUCCCAAAAGGCUAUUUCAAGGCUGAAGGAGCUAGCACCAUAUCUACAAGAUAAGUGUUAUGAAACCAUAUCAACCUUACUCAAGGGGCUUGAAUAUGAGCUCAAACACUUGUCUGCUUCUUUGGACAAAGGCAAUGAGGGAAGAGACUCUGAACCACCUACUAUAAUUGUUGAGAGAUCUCUGUUCAUUGGACGACUGUUAUAUGCAUUGCGGAACCAUUCAAGUCACAUACCACUGAUACUUGGUUCUCCAAGGCAAUGGAUUAAUGAAACAAUGAGAACUACUUUUGAGAGGUUACCAUCCAUAUUGAGGCAAUCUAGUGUGUUCCUUGAUUCCCCUAUGCGUGAUAGCACAAGAAGGCUGAUGUUUGAUAGCUCUAGAAGACAAACUUCAUUGGCUACUGCUGCCUUAUUUGGGGUGAAUGACAAUGCCAGUCCAAGACUCGAAGAACUUACCAGGUUCUCUCGAGAUCUUUCCAUUAUGUCUCAUAGUUUGUGGAUAUCAUUGGUGUCCACUGAAUUGUCAGUUAUACUGCACAGGGGUCUAAUGACAGAUGAUGCCUUAUCAGCAACAACGUCCUUGCGUGGCUGGGAAGAAACUGUAGUCAAUCAGGAGCAGUCUAAUGAGGCCCAACUGGAGAUGAAAAUAUCACUUCCUUCCUUGCCUUCCCUUUAUAUUACCUCUUUUCUGUUCCAAGCAUGUGAGGAAAUUCAUCGAGUUGGAGGUCAUGUUCUCGACAAAUUGAUACUUCAAAAAUUUGCAUUGAGACUCUUGGAAAAGGUAGUUGGUAUUUAUGGGGACUUCCUUACAAAUUUGGAGACUCGCAGUUCUAAUGUAUCAGAAAAAGGAGUCUUGCAGAUUUUAUUAGACUUAAGAUUCACUGCUGAUAUUCUUUUGGGGGGUGAUUUGAACAUGACUUCGGAGUCAUCAAAAAGGUUUUCUUUCAGAUGGAAGCAGGACCAGAAUAAGCAGAAUUCUACCAUUAGAGACACUGUCAUGCAGUUAACAAAUCGUCUUUCUCAGAUGCUGGAUCCUAUAGAUUGGCUCACGUAUGAGCCUUACCUCUGGCAGAAUGAGAAGCAGUGUUACCUAAGACAUGCUGUCCUCUUUGGGUUCUUUGUACAACCGAAUCGUAUGUACACGGAUACUGUGCAAAAAUUACCCACUAAUUCAGAGUCAAAUGUAAUGCGAUGUUCUACGGUUCCACGUUUCAAAUACCUUCCAAUCAGUGCUCCGGCAUUGUCUUCAAAAGGGACAACUAAAUUACCUCUUCCGACAUCCUCUAAUGAUCUAUCUUCUAGAAGUUCUUGGAAAACUUAUUCAAGUGGAGAACUCACUCCAAAGCUCGACUUAGAUGAUACCUCAAGCUUUGGGGUUGCAACUCCAUUUUUGAAGUCUUUUAUGCAGGUUGGUACUAAAUUCGGAGAGAGCACAUUGAAACUUGGCUCAAUGCUCACUGAUGGUCAAGUUGGCAGGCUCAAGGAUAAAUCAGCAGCUGCCAUGUCCACAUUUGGUGACAUUCUGCCGGUUCAAGCGGCAGGCCUUCUUUCAUCCUUUACAGUUGCAAGAUCAGACCCUUGAUUUCCAAAUGAGAUCCAUUCUUUUCUUCAAUCAUGGUUAUGUAAUUAAGUGCAAACAAGAGGAUAUAGUUAUUUUCAUUAAUCGGAAGAGAUUCUGAAACUUCAACGUUUGAAAGUUGAUGUUAUGGCAUCCACAACAAGAUGCAGUUCAUAUGCUGAGGGAGGGAUAGACAACAUAGUUGAGGAUGCUGGAUCAGAAAAUGGAAAUAUCCCAUUGAAAGUUUGCAGUUCUAUUUUGAAAUAAGUGGGUGUGGAAAUAAAUCAGGAAUUCAGUCAUCAAAAGCACACAGUUAUGUAAACCAGCAGCAAUUUCGGCUCUCAGUAUCAAUUAAAUCAUGCAAUACCAUGCAUUAUCAGGAGCAGGACACCAUUAUCAACGGAGCAUUGGUAUUGGCCAGUUGGCCCUGUAUGCGUAUUUCUUUUGUCUCUGAUCUCUCGCCCCCUUUUUAGCUUCUUUUUUUAGUUUCUUUCCCUUAUUAGUUAUUUGUUUUGGUUUAAACAUAUAUGAUACAUCUUCUCCCCUUUUAGUCUUAGGAGGAUAAAUAGAUUUUGUUUUUUGCUACUUGAGAAAGAUGAGUAGCUUAUUUUAAAAUGAAAAGCCCUGACAAGUUCACCUAAGCUAUCUGUUGCCAAAAAGGUGAGAUGCUCAAAUUGUCCAGUUUAUUUUUCUUUCUUUUAGAUCUUUCAUAUAAAGUUAUGGAAGUAUAUUUAAGGCAA